AUGGCAGGUCCAGAAGCUGAUGCUCAAUUCCAGUUCACUGGUAUUAAAAAAUAUUCCAACUCUUAUACUCUCACAGGUAGAAUGAAUUGUGUUCUGGCCACAUAUGGGGGCAUUGCUCUGCUGGUCCUAUACUUCAAGUUAAGACCUAAAAAAUCUCCAGCUGUGAAAGCAUCUUAA